AUGGCCGGGCUCCUGCCGCUGCUGCUGCUGCUGCUGCCGGCGGGUCCCGGGGCCGGCGCCUCCAAGGACGAUUGCGUGUCCAAGCUGUUCACGGCGGGCGGGGAGUGCUGCCGGCUCUGCAACGUGGGCGAGGGCGUGGUGCAGCCCUGCGGGGUCAACCAGACGGUCUGCGAGCCCUGCCUGGACAGCGUCACCUUCUCGGACACGGCGAGCGCCACGGAGCCGUGCAAGCCGUGCACGCAGUGCGAGGGGCUGCAGAGCAUGUCGGCGCCCUGCGUGGAGACCGACGACGCCGUGUGCCGCUGCGCCUACGGCUACUUCCAGGACGAGGCCAGCGGGAGCUGCCGCGAGUGCCGCGUCUGCGAGGUCGGCUUCGGCCUCAUGUUCCCCUGCAAGGACUCGCAGGACACCGUGUGCGAGGAGUGCCCCGAGGGCACCUUCUCCAGCGAGGCCAACUUCGUGGACCCCUGCCUGCCCUGCACCACCUGCGAGGACAACGAGGUGCUGGUGCGGGAGUGCACGGCCGUGGCGGACGCCGAGUGCCGGGGGCUCCACCCUCGCUGGACAACGCCUGCCCCGUCCCUGGGGGGCUCUGAGAGCCCCGAGGCCGCCUCCAGGGAGCCGCUGAGCACCGAGGGGGGGCCCAGCACCGCGGCUGACACGGCCACCACCGUCAUGGGCAGCUCGCAGCCCGUGGUCACCCACGGCACCAGCGACAACCUCAUCCCCGUCUACUGCUCCAUCCUGGCCGCCGUGGUGGUGGGGCUGGUGGCCUACAUCGCCUUCAAGAGGUGGAACAGCUGCAAGCAGAACAAGCAAGGGGCCAACAACCGCCCGGUGAACCAGACGCCGUCCCCCGAGGGGGAGAAGCUGCACAGCGACAGCGGCAUCUCCGUGGACAGCCAGAGCCUGCACGAGCAGCAGCCCCCCGGGCAGGGCACCCAGGGGCCAGCUCCCAAGGCGGACGGGAGCCCGUACUCGGCGCUGCCGGCCAGCAAGCAGGAGGAGGUGGAGAAGCUGCUGGGCAGCUCGGCGGAGGACACGUGGCGGCAGCUGGCGGGGGAGCUGGGCUACAAGGAGGAGCUGAUCGAGUCCUUCACCCGCGAGGAGGCCCCGGCGCGGGCGCUGCUGGCGCACUGGGCCGGCCGCGAGUCGGCCACGCUGGACGCGCUCCUGGCCGCCCUGCGCCGCCUGCAGCGCGGCGACAUCGCCGACAGCCUGGCCAGCGACUCCACCGCCACCUCCCCCGUCUGA